UCAUAAAGAUUCUCAAAGAAAACCUUCAUCUUAAACCCUUCUCCGUCUUGUGUAUACUUCCCUCAGAUUCCAUACUUAAAAUUGUACACACAAUUAUAACUAGUUAUCAUUCUAGUUUCUGUGACAAUGGGUAAUUGCGUAUGCAAAGGCAGUGGUGGUUCAAGAAAGUUAUACGAUAAAGAUGAUUUAUUAAUUAGAGUUGUGACUCCAAACGGCGGCGUCAUGGAGCUUCAUCCUCCAAUCUUCGCUGACUUUAUAACCAACGAAUUUCCCGGCCAUGUCAUCCAUGACACCUUAAGCAUCCGCCACUCAUCUCCGCCGCUUUUACACGGAGAAGAGCUCUUUCCCGGUAACAUAUACUACCUCCUCCCUUUUUCUUCCUCCACAGCCUCAACAGUUCAACAACACUACACCGAAUUAGCAACGCCGUACAGAAUGUCUUUCGGGAAAACGCCGGUGAAGGCGGCUGCCAGUGGCGGCGGCGGAGGUAGUAGUGGGGUGUGGAAAGUGAGGCUUGUGAUAAGUCCGGAGCAGUUGGCGGAAAUUCUUGCGGAGGAUGUGGAAACAGAAGCGUUUGUGGAAAGUGUGAGAACGGUGGCAAAGUGUGGUGGUCAGGGCGGCGGAGCUAACUGGAGAGCGAAUUCAGACCAGUUAAGCAUUACGAGUAGUUUCAAAGGCCAGUUAAGGUAAACUUUCGAAUAUGUGUAAACUAAAGUUUAUGUAAUUCUUGUAUGUUAAUUAUCUUUUAAUUUGUUUCAUGGUUUUAGCAUUUAAAUGAUGUUUAUCACGUUCGUAUUUGUUUGAAGAAUUACCAGUUUAUCAACGUAAAAAUAUU